CAGCUGGGUGACCUUGCCCAGACUUCCAAAGGCUCCUGAAGGAGUAGAAAUCAUGGAGCUCUUCCCCUGCCUCAUCCUUCCAUGUGUUUUGGGAAUGUGGAGUUACAGGUGGAAAAGUGGAGCAUUUUCCAAGUGUACUUUGGAAAAGUUGGAUUUGUGGAGUGGGUGACGGGACUGGACCUUUCUCAUGAAUAUUCCUGUGUCAUGCGAGGAAGAGCUAACCAGGUAUUCCAGAGGAAUUUGCUUUGAUCUCUUGGAUGCAGCUGGAAGAACCCGACAUUUUAUGAAUUAUUAGGAUAUUGGCGAGGUCUGUAUGUGCUUCCUAAACCACUUCCAGCCUGGCCUUGGACACUUCCAGGUAUGGAGCAACUGGAGCUUCUCUGCGCAUCUUGCUUUGCCACCCUGACAGGGUUUAUCUGGAUCGUGGAUUGGGCAAUCCUGAGCCCCAGCGUGGCUGUUGUGGCAUUCCCGGCGUAAUAUCCUUGGGAUGUUCCAGCUGGAUGAGAGGUAGAAGAGCUGGGAACGAAGGCAGCAGUGCAGGAAUCUGGGAGGAUGGAUACACUGAGGGACCGGACAGUGGAGGAGCUCCGGGAGCUGCAGGAGGAUUCCCAGGAGAUUGAGCGCUUGGCUUUGGAAUCCCGGGAGGUUCAGGAGCUCCAGCUGGAAAGGGAGAUGGCCCUGGCUGCCAACCGGAGCUUGGCCGAGCAGAACCUGAAGUUCCAGGCACCGCUGGAGACAGGACGCAGCGACCUGUCCAAGAAAUACCAGGAGCUGCAGGAGCUGGCUGGGAGGUGCAGAGAGCAGAAGGAAAAGCUGGAGAAAUUCUCGGCAGCGCUGCAGCCUCAGACUUUGCUGGAUCUCCUCCAGGUGGAAAGCCAGAAGAUUGAAGAGGAAUCUGAGAAAAUGGCUGAGAAAUUCCUGGAGGGCGAGGUGCCCCUGGAGACAUUCCUGGAGCAGUUUUCUGGGAUGAGGAAGUUGUUCCACGUGCGCCGGGUCCGAGUGGAAAAGCUGCAGGAGAUUGUGAGGAAGUCAGAGGGAUCCCAGGAGCACACCAGGGACUCUCAGCGUCCUCCUCUUCCUCCUCCUCCUCCUCCUCAUGUUCCCACAGAUCCACCAAAACCCUUCCCAUCGGGAUCUCCGGCCUUCCCUCUACCCUACAGCCCAGCUCCGACCCUCCCGCCCGGCCCCACCGCCCAUGGAGCGCUUCCUCCCGCCCCUUUCCCGGGAUCUCCGGUCACCGUGGGACACGUGGCUUCCUCCCAGCCCAGUUCCCAGUCCACCUUUCCCUACCCGCUUCCUCCAGCUCCCGGAUAUCCAGCGGCUUCCGCUGCUGACUCUGCACCGGGGUAUCCCAAAUCCACCUCAGGAGGCUUUUCCUGGUCUCCAUCCCGGGGCCCACCACAGCCCUUGCCCUAUCCUGCUCCCCAUCCCUCUCCUCCCCCUGCCAGACCAGGAUACUCUCCCUACAUCCCACCUGGAGCAGGGAGACCGCAGUGUCCGUACCCCACUCAGCCCCCUCUCCCGAAUUUCCCGAUCCCAACGCAGGCUCCCUAUUCCGGGCCUCCCCCACCCUUUGGAUACCCCCCGCCUCCGAACCCUCAGCGUCCUACCUGGCCUGGAUACUAAUCCAGGACUUCAGGGGAAGCAUCCUGUGCUGAUUCCUCCUUUUUCUGGGGACUGAGGAAGAGAAGAGAUCCCAGAGUGUUGCUCCUGGAUCCGUCAGUGCAAAGGAAUUACACGGGAUAAGUCACGGCUCUGGAGGUCAGAGUGAGAGGCAGAGCCAGACCGCAGAAAUCUGGAGAGGAGAAACCUCCAGGGAAACCUUGGAGCACUUUCCAGUGCUUAGAGGGGCUCCAACGAAACUGGACAAGGACUUGGACAAGGACUUGGAGUGGUGGGAUAAUGGGGAAUGGCUUCACACUGUUAAAGGGUGGGUUUAGAUGGGAUUCUGGGAAGAACUUCUUCCCUGUGAUGGUGGUGAGACCCUGGAAUGGAUUUCCAAGGGAAGUCAUGGCUGCUCCACCCCUGUAAAUGUCCGAGGCCAGGUUGGACGGGGCUUGGAGCAGCCUGGGCCAAUGGAAAGGGUUUGGAAGUGGCUGAUCCCUAAGAUCCCUUUCCACCCAAACCAUUCCAGGGCCAUCAGUGGGAGUCGGUGAUUCCCACCUGGGUCUGGGCAGCCUCCAGUAUUCCCGACCUCCCGUGUGGUGUUUGGGCUCCUCACAUCCCCCUUCUCAGGAAACACUUGGAAACAGAGGGAACGACAAACGAUGGAAAUGGGAUUUGCUUUGCUCAGCACUUUAUCCUUCAAAUCCUGCCUGUAUCCCUUUAAAUUAUUUAUAAGGAACUAUUACUAAUGGACUAGGAUGAGGGAUUGAUGGAAGCAAUUCCAUCUCUGGGAUUAAUUAGAGUAAUAAAACUGGAUGAAUUAAUUGCA